AUGCGCAAAUCUAACUUUCAUAAAGGAUACAAAACAACUGCGUUUCUCAAGCCGCCUCACCAUCACAAUGACCCAGAUCUGACAUGGAAUGUAACAAAAUACAAGUUUCGAGAGCUCAUGCUGCCCGCCGAUAAAAUCUGGACUCCACAGCUCAGUGUGGACAAUGCGAUCAACACAGAAAUAAAGCCUCUUUCCUCUGAUCUAAUGGUAUACAACGAUGGCACUGUCGAACAUUCUGUUGUCAUGUUCACCACGGUGAUAUGUGAAAUCAGCCUCUACACCUACCCUUUCGUGCAGGACAGCUGUGUAGUCGCUCUUAACGGCUGGCAGCAUCGUUGGUGUGGACUUCGUGUCCGCUUUGGAAAUGUGAGCACAACAGGAUCUAGCCACGGAGAAUGGAAGACCAUAGAUGUGGCCCUUACCCAGAUGCGUGGCAGAGGAGACCGUAACUUCCUUUCCGUUACUGUGACCAUCAACCCUUUUGGCCCAACUGUUACCCUGAUCUUGCCAAGCAUACUAAUCAUGAUUGCUGACCUUAUCAGCUUUGCACUUCCAUCACUCGGUGGUGAGCGCAACAGCUUCAAGGUCACCUUGGUGUUAAGUUUCACUAUGUUUCUCCUCAUCCUCACCGAUCACCUCCCAGACGAUGGACGCUGUAGCCCAUUGCUCCGGUAUCAUUUUUGCUUUUGCCUGGUCUCUCUGGUUGUGAGCAUGUUGCUGUCUAUGCUCAGCACACGUAUAGCCGAUGAUGGCUCUUUAGUACCCAGCAGGUGUAUUAAAUCCAGGAGAGAAAAGAAAAAUCGAAAAGACAGUUUGGACCAUGAAAGAGACGCCAUCUCAAGUGUCACAGUCACCAAAUCUGCAGAGUCCAUACUAAACGACGCAGCUAUCAAGAGAAUCACAGCCUUUGUGGAGAACAUGGAGGAAGAGUUGAGGGAAAAAGACGCCAGGCAGAGUUUGGCUAAUACAGUGGAUAAAUUCUGCUUCUGGGGUUUCUUUAUCCUUUAUGUCAUUUAUUCUAUUUGUAUCAUUAGUUAUGCACAAGCAGAUUUCUGUAAAGUCAAUAAUCUUGAGUUCUGGGAAACAGAUUUCUGGGAGUCAGGGGAGUACUUCAAUGAGAGCAAUUACAAUGACAGCUACUACUACUAUGACUACUACUAUUGGUACGACCAAGGGUACUAUCCCAGUUAUCUGAAUCAAACACAAAAUUAUACAGAAUAG